CGCUCCUCCCGGCGCCUCUCCGCGCCCGCUGGCGGCGCCACGGACGCCCCUAGUUCUGGAUUAAAGCCUGUGGCUUCCACAGAAGCACCGCCUAUUAUAUUUGCCACACCAACUAAACUGACUUCCAAUUAUACUGCGUAUGAUUAUGCUGGGAAAAACAAAGUUCCAGAGCUACAGAAGUUUUUCCAGAAAUCUGAUGGUGUGCCCAUCCACCUGAAACGAGGCCUGCCUGACCAAAUGCUUUACCGGACCACCAUGGCACUGACAUUGGGAGGGACCAUCUACUGCCUGAUUGCCCUCUACAUGGCUUCACAGCCUAGAAACAAAUGAGUUGGGCUGCAAAAGACUGGUUUGCUUUUUGGCAUAAACCCUUUGAAUUUUUGUUUCUGUACUUGAAUGGCCUACUUAACAUUUUGCAAGGAAAAAAAAAGAUAGUAAGACAGUAUUUUGGUUUGUGUAUGAAAUGCACAUGGCCUGUCACAGCUCACUUGACAGUUAAAACUAUUGUUCAAAGAAAUGCUGCUGCUCUUCAAGUUUGGGCUCUUGAUUUCCCUGGAGGUCCUGGAUGAAGGUUGCAUACAGAGUCAUUAAUGGCAGUCUGUGCUGAGGUCCUUGGGGACUCACAGUAGCCUUUUUGAGCAUGGGUGCAGAAGCCUUUCUGGAUUUGGAUAUGUCUGAGGAAGGAAGACAAAAGCCAAGGCCAGGUGCACGAAAUGAGGGGUUUGAGUGUGUAGUUACCUUGGGGAUUUUUCCAUCUUGCCAUAAAAUGUUAAUAGAAAUUAUUUGCAGCAUGCCUCUAUUCAUUGGGCAGUUUGUUUCAAAGGGUUAUUUGCCUCAUCCCAGAUCUUCAGUGAAAUUUUAUGUGUAAUUAUUAUGUAUUUAUUCCACCAUGGGAACAGAACACCUGUUUAGUGUUGCAUUUUAAAUCGAUGUCUGUUUUAUUAAUGAAGCUGUGACACAAAGUCUCCUUUACCUUUAAAAAAUGUUAUGAUUUUUAAAUUAUGAUUUAUUUUGAUUGUGGAAUAAAUACAUGAAUGAAAAAAUCUCAAGUUUGAAGUUUUUAAAAUGAUCUUUCAAAAUAAUUUCAGAACACCAGAUGCAUCUAGACCUGAGUCUAAUUUUUUUCUUUUUAAUUUGGCACCAGAUAAUCUUUACAAAAUGGUUCCUUAAAGUCAAGUAAAAGGAGGCUAAUGGUAUAUGGAUGAUUACCAUAUGCUUCCUUCCAGGAAAACUGCUUCCCCCGUAGUGAAAUGUACCUGUAACACACAGUUCAUUUAGACAUUAAUUUCCUGUGCCAUCACAAUUGGUAGACUCACACACCCUAUAUUAAUGUUGAAAACGGUGGAAUUUUACUGUAUAUGAAGUGGUGGCCUGUAUCUUGCCUUGGCAAAGGAUGGUGAUUUAUUACUGAGGAUAAAAUAUUGUGUUUGUAAACAGUAGCAUUCCCACAGGCUAGGAAGCUGUCAUGUAUAAGUCUAAACUUUAUUAUUUGUUAUUUCCCCCCAAUUUUUAUUUUGAAAAAAUUUCAGAUGACAGAAACAUUGUAAGAACAGUACAGAAUACACCUGUGUAUCCUUCA